AUGAAUAUUACAUAUCCCCCCCUCUUCGGGAACUAUAUCAGGAUCUUGGAUAUCAAUGUUAAAGAAGGAAAUUCUGAGCCUAUCGGCAACUUCAGGGUUGUGCCUCUUGACGACCCUCCAGAAUACACCGCUAUUUCCUACUGCUGGGACAAUUCAGCAGACAUAGCGAGAAUUGAGUUUCACAAUGGCGACUCCCUCCCUCUUAGCCAGACGCUACUAGAUCUUUUUAUCUCUUUAAUGAAGAAAUCCUCAAAGUUCACUGUCUGGAUCGACGCCAUUUGCAUCAACCAGCAAGACACAGUGGAGAAGGAAUUCCAAGUCCCCCUCAUGGGAAAGAUCUAUUCUCGCUCUGCGGAAGUCUUGGUUUGGCUAGGCAAAAGUGAUGAUGUUACCAAAAAUGCAUUCCGUUUCAUGAAACGAGACGAGAAUGAAAUCGAGACAAGACCAGAACUUUGGUCAAAUCAACCUCUUUUUACGAUAAAUUUCGGAUUUCAAAGAGUGUGGGUUAUUCAAGAGGUUGCUGCCGGGAAGAACAUCCAGGUGGUUUGUGGUGAGGACUGUGUAGAUCUGAGCCACUUUUCAGAUGGCGUUUCUGCUAUUUGGAACUCAUUUGUUGGCUUCGGUCGCUAUCAAGACGAUCAUCCAGCCAUUCUUGGGUUUUGGUGUGUUACCAGGAUGCUUGAUAUACGAGAAGAAUACCAGAAGAAGGCGUAUGAGGGAGAAAGUGGGGUAUGCUAUGAGACUCUCCUUCAGGCUGCAUAUCAUUGCCAAGCGACAAGGACCUGCGACAAAGUCUUUGCUUUUCACGGUAUUGCGGAUAAACGACCAGUACCAAAAGCGAAUUACAGAAUCACUGAAGAGCAAGUUUUCAUUGCUACAGCCGAAGCACUCCUUUGCAAUGGGGACUCCCUUGAUCUUCUAGCCCUUUCUUGGAUGGGCUAUAUGCGGCAGCAUUCCAACAUACCGACUUGGGCCCCUGAUCUUCGAUGUCAUGCCUACGAUGAGCCACUUGUUCUUUGCGAUAGCGCAGGCUGGGAUGCAGGCGGAUGCUUGAAAACAUCACCAAAAAUCGAUACUGAGUCAUCGCGUCGGCUUCGACUUCAUGUCAAGCCAAUCGAUACAAUACACGUUAUCUGCCCUCCGUUCGCUUCUUGGGUUGUAAAGCAGCAGCGAGAAGCAGUCAAAUCUGUCCUGGCACUCAGAACACGACUAGCAGGCAACCUUUCCAUGGAGGCCUGGAUGGAUAGAUUAGCUGAGUCUCUCAUAAUGGGUCUCGAUAUCGACGACAACCGGCUGAGAGUCGGUAUGCCUGGAUGGGAUGAGCUCCGCCGGCAUUUCGAUGAGUGGCUACGGUGGGUACAGUCGAGCUCGCGACAAAAGGAUCUUCACAAAAUUGAGUCUAAUAAGUACCACCGCAUAAUAAGGCCCCGUAUAGACACAAUGAAGGCAUUCGCAACCAGCCAAGGCAUCUUCGGCAUUGGGCCAGAACCUAUCAUGAAAGGGGAUGUUGUGUGUACCGUUCCGGGCUGCCGAGUACCGCUUGUACUGCGGCUUGACCCAUUGUCUGCUGAUGAAGAGAUGAUAUCGCCUUCAGUGCAGACAUGGGCUCUUGUCAGCUGGUGCUAUGUCGAUGGAUUAAUGUUUGGCGAGGCUAAAGACCUAGAUAAUCCGGUUGUAGAUAUGCUGUUGAGGUGA